AUGGCUCCUGCUGCUUUCUCCGACAUCGCCAAGGCGGCCAACGACCUCCUGAACAAGGACUUCUACCACACCAGCGCUGCUAGCCUUGAGGUCAAGUCCAAGGCCCCCAAUGGCGUCACCUUCAAUGUGAAGGGCAAGUCUGCCCACGACGGUCCCAUCGCUGGUAGCCUCGAGGCUAAAUACGUCGAUGCUCCUACUGGUAAACGCCCCCAUGAUGAUCGCAAGCGGAAGCCACCCGACCCAAAAUACCCCAAAAGACCUGAUAAAGGCCUGGUUGUCAAUAUUACAUGUUCCCAGCGCCUGUCCCCAUCCACUCGAGUCAUUCUCGCGUCAAGGGUUGCCGAACAUAGAUUGAUGCUAAUAAUCUGUCCUUGCUCAGGCCUCACCCUCACCCAGGCUUGGACCACCGCCAACGCCCUCGACACCAAGCUCGAGCUCGACAACAACAUCGCCAAGGGUCUCAAGGCUGAGAUCCUGACCCAGUACCUCCCUGCCAAGCAGUCCAAGGGUGCUAAGCUCAACCUCUACUUCAAGCAGCCCAACGUGCACGCCCGUGCUUUCUUCGACCUCCUCAACGGUCCCUCCGCCAACUUCGACGCUGUCCUGGGCCACGAAGGCUUCCUCGUCGGUGCCGAGGGUGGCUACGACGUCCAGAAGGCCGCCAUCACCAAGUACUCCGCUGCCGUCGGCUACAGCGUUUCCCAGUACUCUGCUGCCAUCACCGCUGCCAACAACCUGACCGUCUUCUCUGCCAGCUACUACCACCGCGUCAACGCUCAGGUUGAGGCUGGUGCCAAGGCUACCUGGGACUCCAAGGCCGGUAACUCCGUCGGUCUUGAGGUUGCCAGCAAGUACAGACUCGACCCCUCUUCCUUCGCCAAGGUCAAGAUCAACGACCGUGGUAUCGCCGCUUUGGCUUACAACGUUCUCCUCCGUCCCGGUGUCACCCUUGGCCUCGGUGCUUCCUUCGAUACCCAGAACCUUAACCAGGCCGCCCACAAGGUUGGCGCCAGCUUCACCUUCGAGGCUUAA